AUGCCGUCGCAAACAAUUGUCAUCAACUACACCCCCGACAGUCAAAGUCUCCCGCCAAACCCCCCAGAUGGAGAUGAUUUGCCUGACCGGCCACACCCACGGCCCCGGCGAGGCGGGAGGCAGGGCCUUCCCACAGACAAAGAAGCAUACUUUAAGUCGCGCGUCUACACGGCGCAGUUCAAGAUAACCAGUCUCGACGUGAAACUGCGCAUUCGCGAGCAGCGUGACGUCGAGCCCAAGCGCAUGAAGAUUCUGAGCACACGUUAUUCCUUUAUCUCGCCGGCGCUUUCUGUUGCAGGGACGGGAGCAUUGCCGACGAGCUUGACGUGGGAGUCGGAUUCGGAGAACAAUGCGGUGGGCAACUUCAAGUUGGUUGUUGACGCCCGGUUGGAGGCUCAGAGAAAGGUGUAUAUCGAGGAGGUGCUUGGGGUGGAUAUGGAUGGGGUUACGGAGAGGUUGGUGCAGGCUGCCGGGGAGGAUGGGGCUUGGUUGGGGAUGGACAAGCGUGGGCUUGUGGCCAGGGAUUCGGGCGAUGGGUAUUGUCACCACUGA